AUGACGCGGAAGCCUACCCGCGACAAUGAUCCAUACGAAUACAUGGCUGGAUUUGGGAACCGCUUUCAGUCAGAAGUCAUCCCAGGGACCUUGCCAGCCGGCCAAAACAACCCACAAGAGCCGCGGUUUGGUCUGUACACUGAAGGCCUCACGUACUCGGCCUUCACAGCACCCAGAAAUGCCAACUUUAGCACUUAUAUGUACCGGGUGAGACCGGCAGCUGCACACAAUGGCUACAGGAACGACUGCGAGCACAAAUCAGAUAUCGAAAACUGCUUCCUCACACUUAAUCCCAAAGUGACAACGUUUGCUGGUCAAGCUGAAUGGGCACCGUUCCAUCUGCCCAAAGAAGAUGAGAGACUUGACUUUGUAGAUGGCUUGCACACUCUGGGAGGAAGUGGAGACCCAAAUCUGCGAGAAGGCAUUGCACUCUAUGUCUUCAUGAUCAACGCAGACAUGGACCACCGAGCAUACUGUAAUGCGGACGGCGACUUUCUGAUCGUGGCUCAGCUGGGAAUUCUCGACUUACAGACCGAGAUGGGGAUGCUGUUCCUGCAACCCGGCGAAGUCUGUGUCAUACCCCGCGGAGUACGCUUCACUAUCCGCUUGGGCCCCGAGCAUAAUGUUGCCCGCGGGUACAUCGUCGAGAUAUGGGGUUCUCGUUGGGAGUUACCUGAUUUAGGACCCUUAGGUGGUCAUGGAUUAGCGAACCCACGAGACUUUCUUCAUCCCGUGGCCCAUAUUGACGAGAACCUCCACGAGGACUGGGAAAUCGUCAACAAGGCAAAUGGUCAAUAUAGCGUCAUAGAGCAGGGUCACAGCCCAUUCGAUUUAGUGGCAUGGCAUGGGAAUGUCAUACCCUACAAGUACGACCUGACCAAAUUCGCCUCUCAAAAUGCAACAUCCAUCGACCACACGGACCCGUCUGUGAAUUGCGUAUUGACUGCCCCGUCUAAAGACCCAGUAACGCCAUUAGCCGACUUUCUAUGGUUUGGACCACGAUGGGAUGUGGCGUCCAACACGUUCCGUCCUCCGUAUUUUCACCGCAACUCGGCUACCGAGUUUCUUGCGUGUCUGUAUGGAAGCGGACUCGGACGUUCUGAAGAAUUCCUGCCCGGAGGAGGUAGUAUCGAGGUCAGCCAUACGCCACACGGCAACUUCAGCGAUGACUAUGUGCAUGAAAUGCGCAACCAGGUGAACGAUCCUCGGAGGAUCUUAGAGAAUCAAAUGACCAUUAUGGUCGAAAGUAGCCGGUCGUUUCUGUUCACCGAAUAUGCACGGACUGGUUGUGGGACAUUCAAAGCUCAAGGUCCAGAUCCCAAAGUGUGGGAUGCUUUACCUGACAAAUUCUCCGCAUACCCAAACAUCAAGGAGAUUCUCAGUCAAGUCAAGGCUGAUAAAGAAGCAUUGAAGAAGCAGCUGGAAGCGUACUAUGAUGAUAAAACUCUGGCGGAAAUGGCUCGAGGACAACGAGAAAGCUUAGUUAGGUAA